AUGUCUGUGGCAACGACGUCUGUGGCUCAGUCAAAACUAUCAGUCACUGAACAGUCUAAAUCAGAAUCAAGUGUCCAAUCAAUACUCCACCAAAUGAUGGCCAAAAUCAAUGCCAAUCAUACCAGAACUGAGGAACAGUUCGAAGCCCUACAUCGAAGGACGGAAGAGGGAAUUAAUCAAUGUAUCCAGCGUUAUCAACUGACGGACACUCGUCUAACAAGAGUAGAGGACGAAAAUGUGGUCAUAAAAACUCAGGUGGACCAACAAACCACGAACAACCAGGUCACCGAGAAUCGCCUCAACACACUGGAGACACAAAUUGUGCAGAUGAGAACGGAGAUCUCCCAGAUAUCGGACAAACACCGAAAAUCUACGAACCAUGAUCAAUCACAAAUUCUAAAACCCAGUGUCUUGUCUUCAACUGCUGUUCAACCCAAUCUGUCCGGCCGCAGUAAUGUGUCUCCGAUGCCCCCGACAGCUUCAACCACUAACCUCGUGAAUACGUUCGAUUCACGAAGCUCAUCGUUUUUGGAAGCUCAAGAACGUUUCCAGGAUUCCGUAUCUGAAUUCUCCGGGCAAAUUAAAGAAAUCCAUCCACAAAAAUUUAUUGGACAAGUUGACGCCUACUUCGACAGCGUACAUGUGUCACCUGCCCAACAACUUAUCUCCACACAUCGACGUUUAGUAGGAGAUGCUCAAAUUUGGUACGAGUCAUUAAUCCCAUCACCUCGUUCAUACGCUGAAUUUCGUCUGUUAUUUCUUCAACAUUUCUGGUCUCCGGCGACUCAACGGAAAGCCCGAAAUGAGAUUUUUCGGCAUUAUCAAUACACUAGAUCCGAUGGUUUAGCUACACAUGCCAUGAAAUGGAUAGCCGGGGCUAAGUAUCUCAACCCACCUAUCGAACAAUCCGAUCUCGUGUCUACUAUUAUUCAACACUAUCCCACAUCACUCGGAAUGGCAAUUCGAGGUCGAGGACCCCGUGACACCAACGAGCUGUUAUCAGUUUUGAUGGAAUUUGAAGAAUCAGCGUCAUUUUGCGAACGACGUCGUGAAGACAACCAGGUUCGACCACCAUUCCAACACCAAAAUAAUGGAAAUCAACAACCUC